UCUUACAGAGCUUGUGUCGCGGUGCGUGUCGCCGCUGCAGCCCCGCCACAGAGCCGCGCCGCGCCGGACCCGACCGGACCGGACCGGACCGGCCGCGUUUCACCCCGGAAUCGUCCGAGCAGCCUGCGCCCAGCGGCGGCGGGAGGGAGGAGGCGAGGCGCCGCAGCCGCUGCAUCGCUCAGCCGCAGCGGGAGGAAGCAUCCAGCAGCAGCAGCCCCUCAUGUCCGCGGAGUCGCCUGAAGGCCGGGACCUGGACGAGGUGGGAGGAGAGGAGGAGGCGGCGGCGGCGGCGGGCGGCCAGAGCAGACCGACGGGCGACGACAUGGCGUCCGUGGUGGAGUACUACGCCGGCAAGAACGUGCUGAUCACGGGCGCCACGGGCUUCAUGGGGAAGGUGCUGGUGGAGAAGCUGCUGCGGUCCUGCCCGGACGUCCAGGCCCUCUACAUCCUGGUCAGACCCAAAGCGGGGCAGUCCAUGCAGCAGAGGGUCAGCGACAUGAUGAAGUGCAAGCUUUUCGACCGAGUGAGGGAGGACAAUCCCGACUUCCACCAGAAGAUCAUCCCCAUCAGCAGCGAGCUGAUGCAGCCGGGCCUCGCCAUCAGCCCCGAGGACCAGGAGAGGCUGAAGGCCUGCAUCGACAUCGUCUUCCACUGCGCCGCCACCAUCCGCUUCGACGAGCCGCUCAAACACGCCCUGCAGCUCAACGUGAUCGCCACUCAGCAGCUCCUCGGCCUGGCCCAGCAGAUGCACCACCUCCAGGCCUUCAUCCACAUCUCCACCGCCUAUGCAAACUGCAACCGCAAGCACAUCGACGAGGUCAUCUACCCGCCGCCCGUCGAGCCCAAGAAGCUCAUCGAGUCUCUGGAGUGGAUGGACGACGGCAUCGUGCUGGACAUCACGCCGCGGCUCAUCGGCGACCGGCCCAACACCUACACCUACACCAAAGCCCUGGCCGAGUACGUGGUGCAGCAGGAGCAGGACAGGCUCAACAUCGGCAUCAUCAGACCCUCCAUAGUGGGAGCCAGCUGGCAGGAGCCUUUCCCCGGUUGGAUCGACAACUUCAACGGGCCGAGCGGCGUCUUCAUAGCCGCCGGCAAAGGCAUCCUGAGAACGAUGAGGGCCAACAACGACGCCGUGGCCGACCUGAUCCCCGUGGACACCGUGAUCAACCUGACCCUGGCUGCCGGCUGGUACACCGCCGUGCACAGACCCAAAACGGCGCUGGUGUACAACUGCACGACCGGCGGGAUCAACCCCUUCCACUGGGGAGAGAUCGAGCACCACGUCAUGUCGUCCUUCAAGAGGAACCCCCUGGAGCAGGCUUUCCGCAGGCCCAACGCCAACAUCACCUCCAACUACCUGAUCAACCAGUACUGGAUCCUGGUCAGCCACAAGUUCCCCGCCCUGAUCUACGACCUGUUCCUGCGCCUGUCGGGACAGAAGCCGCAGAUGAUGCGCAUCUUCAACCGGCUGCACAAGGCCAUCAGCCUGCUGGAGUACUUCAGCAGCCAGGACUGGGAGUGGAACUCGGAGAACAUGAGCAUGCUGAUGAGCCAGCUGACGCCCGAGGACAGAAAGACGUUCAACUUCGACGUGCGCCAGCUGAACUGGCCCGAGUACAUCGAGAACUACUGCAUCGGCACCAAGAAGUACGUCCUGAACGAAGACAUGUCCGACAUUCCCGCUGCCCGGCAGCACCUGAGGAAACUGAGAAACAUCCGCUACACCUUCAACACGCUGCUGGUGGUCUUCAUCUGGCGGGUGUUCAUCGCCCGCUCCCAGAUGGCCCGCAACAUCUGGUACUUUGUGGUCAGCCUCUGUUUCAAGUUCCUCUCUUACUUCCGCGCGUCCAGCACCUUAACCAACUGAGUCUUCCUCUCCGCCUCCGGCCGGCCUCUCAGCCGUCAGCAGGAACAAAACUAAAAAAAAAAAAAAACAUCCCAGACUGCGACGUCCACCAGGAACACUGCGAGCGGGGCUCUUUGCGGGGUGGGUGGGGGGACAGUUGGAAGAGGAAAACAACAACAACAACAACAAAAAGAGGUCUACUAGCCAUGAAUCUGUGUUUAGUUUGGAAAUCUGUCAUCUUUUGGUUACACUGUUCAGUCACGGGAACCCCGUCCAGAAAGAAAAGUGUUGUCGUUUCUUUUGUACCUACUGUUCUCUUCUCAAAAAGUGGCCAAUUAUAUAUGCAACAAUAAGCCUUCUGUGUGACUUCCACUUUCUUUUCCGCCCUCUCCCGUCUGCAUUGCCUUUUUGCCUUGUCGGUGAUUUCUUUUUCAUACUUGAAACACGGCAGCGCGUCAGGAGGACGUCUUUCUAUCAGAUUAUUUUCUACUGAACGGAGGAGGAGGAGGAGGAGGGGGAGGUGGGGGGAAGAACUCGGGUGAUCUGCAGAUCUGUGUGUCCUCUCGGGUCACGUAUGUCUACUGCCUUUUUAAGAUCGCGUUCCAGAAGUCAGUGGGAGGUGUCUCUCAGCCCGCAGGUUACCGAGCCGGAAGCAUACAGAUGUGCGCGUCUCCCGCCGCGGAGGCCGCCGCUCGUUUACCGCCGCAAACUGUCCUCCAGCAUCAACUCCGUCGGUCUGAAUGCUCAUCCACUGUUUGCCUGUUUGUACAGCAGUUUGUACUGAAACUAAGUUUACUACUUUUACAUCUUUAUACUUGCAUCAGAGGCUCGUCCGGUCAGACCCUGGCAGUGUAGUAUACCUGUAAAAAUACACCAGAGCGAAGUCUAUUUGUACAGCAGAGAUAAAUCAGAAACUUUAUCCAAGGUCGGCGUUUGAAGGAGAACAGAGAUAUUUUCAGAGUUGGGAAGGAUUGUCGUGGGGACCAUGUUUGAGGUUGAAAGGUUUGAAGAGACCUCAACACAUUUUGUGCCUCUAGAAAUUUCAGAAGUCGGUAAAUAAAUCAGGUUUGGCAAGAUGAACAAGCUUUUCUUUUCUUCAUCCAUCUGCUUUUACGUCAGUGGCAGGAGAAGGCUGCAAGCAGGUCGGCACAGGCAGAACGUGCAAACUGAGCUGAUCUCUGGUUUUUACUGUGCUUUCAGGUGGAUGAGGGGCAACAUGGAGACGCAGUAACUUUUAAACACCAAAAUAUCAUCUUAGUCCAAGUUCUAAGCACAUGUCAACAUUUAAGACAGUUUUUGAUAGUGAUGCUGUUUCACAUUCUAAAAACUGGUCUCAAAAACCCUCCAAUGGCCCAGUUUUAGCCCACAGCCUGCAUAUCUGACAUCCCAGCAGUACAUAAUUAAAACCAGAUAUUCACUAAAGCCAAAUAAAGUUUUAGGGAAAUAACUGAAAAAUACCCAUUAUACCAGUUUUGUGUAUUUUCAAUGGAAACGUCCCACUGAAUGCAUUAAAUCUUCUCAAAUAUUGUAAUUUUUAUCUGUCAAAUACAUUUGAGAAUCUCUUUAUCCCUGGAAACAGACUCAAUUUUUUGCGGAGAACUUCAGGUUUUUAAAUAUGUCUGUACUCAGAUUGUUGUUGCUUUUCACACAAAACUGCUUCAAUAUGACAUGAAGUCAAACUCAUUCAUGCUCUUUAAACUUCAUUUUGCCAAACCUUAUUGUCCUCAAAGCUAUUAUUAUCACAAUGUGUUGCGUUCACGCCAGUGGGAACCAUGAGUUCUUUGGAAAAAUAUCUACCUGGUGAUUCGAGAUGGCACAAUUAUUUGUGUUUUUCUUCUGAGAAAUGCAGUGGCGUGUGUUGAAUAGUCCUCGAGCAUCACUGGGACAUUUAUUUGGAGGAACAGAUGGUUACCACUGUGGCUUGAAUGUAAUAUUAAUGCAAAUGAGAUCCACAAAGUCUGAGAAGAAAGCCUUGAUACUGGCAGUGAAGGAGGAGUCGAUGGCUCCCGGAGAGACAAAAACAUUCACAUGAAGGUGAAAGCUCUCGUUGCUUUAGAUUUAUAAUCUUUUUCUUUUAAACCAUAUGUUGUAAACAGAGGUAUUAUUUAUAGCACUUGAGUUUAAUCUCCAUCAGCGAGGUAUCCAUCCAGCAAAAAUAAUUACAAUGAACAGCGGAGUGUCAUCAGCAUAGUGUAAAAUAAACUCAGAGGACCAAGUACAGAGCCAUGAGGAACACCACACCACGAUGCCAAGUGGAGAAACUGAACAUUUUGAGUUUGUUUUAAAGCAAAAGGAGCCCUAAAUGAUUUGAUAGUCCAGACGUUUGGUGUGUUCACUUAACCAGUAGGAAGUGGUCACCGCUCGGUUCAGGACUAGUCAUUACCUAAUUUUACAUCUCUGACCCAGUGCUUUUUUUUAUUUCAUUUAUUUCUAGAAGCUCUGUAAAUAGUUCCACCUUACUUGUUACUGACUACCAAAAAUUCGUAUUUGACUGUUGAUUUUCUUUUCUUGCUUGAGCGUCUUGACGAGACCGCGGAGCUUCCCACAGAGUCUACCAAAAGUAUUACGUCGACAGGCAGGGCUGGUUUUUACUCCACGAAAGACGGAACCUGUGUACAGUAUUGUCUGUUGCGAGGAUGUACACACACACACACCCAUUGAAGUGAUGAAUCUUUAUGGGCGGGAAAAAAAAGGGACAAAAUAGUUAUGCAAAGCCUAUGUCUGGUGUUACCAUGGUAACCGUCCUUUCUUACAGAUGGGAUAAUGAACCAAAACGUGUGCAUGAUGAAGCGGUUUCAUCAGGUCGUUACAGGGCUACAUAUUUCCAGUGGCGUUUGGACGUUUCGCUCCUCUGUGUGUCCGUUUGACAACAAAAGUGCCGUCUUUGCUGUUCGCCGACCCGACUCGGAGCGCCGCUGGUAUGAAUCCUCCUUUGACCCCUUGACCCCGGCCCGUCCGUCCGUCCGUCCGUCCGUCCUCCACCCAAGACUGGAGCUGCCGUCACUGAACGACGGCGACGACACAACCAGCGACGACUUCUUAUUCUUUCUGGUAUCAUUUUGCAAAAAAAAAAACUGAUGUUUGACUACCUGUAUUUCCUGCUCUGACAACACUUUUAA